UUGUUGAAACAGAGACGUUUUAACGGUGGAGGUCUGUCUCUGUAUGACAAUGUUUAAAGUAUCUGUCUUCUAGCAAAAGGAAUGCUGCCAUGAUAAUGACAGCAUUACCUCAAAUUAAUUGGCUAAUGUUUUACAUUAAUUCUAUCGUCCGUCUUUGUACGUCUUUACCGUGUUCUUAACUAGCUAACGUUAACAUUAUGUUUCUGACGUUAACGUUAGUUAACGCUCCAUGGGUGCUCUGUCUGGUGUUAAAGUAAUCGUUGAAUUAGGGAGCUUAAUAAUAACAAAUUAGUUUAUUCUACAAUGGUAGUUGAGGUAGAAAGCUUCUUUGGUGUGUACAUGCUGUACUGCACCAACCCUAAAUUCAAAGGCCGUAUUUACAUCGGCUUCACUGUGAACCCUGAGCGCAGGAUCGGACAGCACAACGCUGGACGGCACAGAGGGGGGGCCAAGAGGACCAGUGGAAGAGGACCAUGGGAGAUGGUCCUCAUUAUUCAUGGCUUUCCCUCUGAUAUUGCUGCCCUGAGGUUUGAGUGGGCGUGGCAGCACCCUCACUCCUCCAGGCGUCUCUCCCAGGUCUCUCGACGCUCCAGGAAAGAGUCCAGCCUGGAGUUCCACUGGCGGGUAGUCUCCAACAUGCUGCGAGUGGCACCGUGGAAUAGACUGCCGCUGACGGCCCGUUGGCUAAAACAGGAGUACAGGAUGGACUUUGAGCCCAGCCUGCAGCCUCCGCUGCACAUCCCCAUUGCUUUUGGGAGUGUGAGGGCCAAGAAGAAGCUGUCGCUGCAGUCUGCAGGAGAGGAGGAGGAGACAACCAGGUGUUUUCUCUGUAAAGGGCUGGUCAAGGUGUCAGAAAAGCUGAGCUGUUUCCACCCGUCCUGUGCAAUGAGAGGUCACGUGAUCUGCCUCUCCAAACAUUUCCUAAAGUCAGAGCCGUCCCACCUGCUGCCAGUGGAGGGUGAAUGUCCGUCCUGCCGUCGCUCUGUGCUGUGGGGGAGCCUCAUUCGCCAUAAACAUGGCUGCUUUGGAGACGUGGAGGAGGUCACACCAUCUGCUUCCCAAAGCCACUGGACAGAUGAACUGCAGAUAUGACAGAGUGGAGCCUGCAAAUAUGAACUUUUAUUCCCUUCCUAAUAAACUUUGGUGCCACAUUACACUGGCACAGAGAAUGAUGUAGAUUAUGUGAAAUGCCCUUUCAAACUGAACAGGAACGUACAGUGAACGUAAGUGGUCGGGCAGGAAUGUCUCUCCAGGAUCCUGCCACUGGCUGUGUUUCAUUUUCAUUAUUCAAUCAUGAAGUAUCUUUUUAACAAUGUCUGCUUAAGUAUGUGUUUAAUGCAAUAUAUGUGGGGAGAAACACGUUUUUAAUGCAUUUUGUGUCAAAUAAAACGUGAUUGUUUUGUACUAUA